ACACUCUCAACUCUCAAUCUUAUCAUAUCUCACCAACUAACCAACCAACCAAUCAUGGAUUCCGAGAUCGCCGUCGACUGCUCUCCGUUGCUCAAAAUCUACAAGAGUGGUCGCAUCGAGCGACUCAUGGGUGAAACCACCGUCCCACCUUCUUCCGUCCCACAAAACGGUGUCGUUUCCAAAGACGUCGUUUACUCUCCCGACAACAACCUCUCCGUCCGCAUUUACCUCCCGGAGAAAGCCGCCGAGAACGGUGAGAAACUCCCUCUCCUCGUUUACUUCCACGGCGGAGGAUUCAUCAUUGAGACCGCUUUCUCUCCAACUUACCACAGUUUCCUCACGGCGGCUGUCUCUGCUUCGAACUGUGUAGCGGUCUCUGUUGAUUACCGUCGUGCACCGGAGCAUCCGAUUUCGGUCCCGUUCGAUGAUUCUUGGACAGCUCUCAAAUGGGUAUUCACUCAUAUCACCGGAUCUGGUCAAGAAGCUUGGUUAAACAAACAUGCUGACUUCAGCAAAGUGUUUCUCUCCGGAGACAGUGCAGGAGCAAACAUCGUGCAUCACAUGGCGAUGAGAGCUGCGAAAGAGAAACUCUGUCCUGAUUUGAACGAUACAGGGAUCUCUGGAAUCAUCUUGGUUCAUCCUUACUUCUGGUCGAAAACACCAAUCGACGAGAAGGACACGAAGGAUGAAACCAUGAGGAUGAAGAUAGAGGCGUUUUGGAUGAUGGCUAGUCCCAAUAGCAAAGAUGGAUCAGAUGACCCGUUGCUCAACGUGGUGCAAUCAGAGUCGGUGGAUUUGUCUGAGUUAGGUUGUGGUAAGGUUUUGGUAAUGGUGGCUGAGAAAGAUGCGUUGGUGAGGCAAGGUUGGGGUUACGCGGCGAAGCUUGAGAAGUGUGGUUGGAAAGGAGAGGUUCAAGUGGUGGAGAGUGAAGGAGAAGAUCAUGUUUUUCAUUUGUUGAAACCUGAUUGUGAUAAUGCUAUUGAAGCCAUGCAUAAAUUCUCAAGGUUUAUUAAGGGAGAGAACUAGCUUUGUGCUCUAUAGAUAUUGGAAUAAUUUGGUACUACAUAUUUUAGUUGCGUCUCUCAGUUUCUGUAAUGUUUCAGUGAUUAGCAUUUCCGCUAAAGCAACACAAUAAACAUUGAAGAUUAAU